UUGUUACUAAAAAAUUGGUUUAUAACCCUCAUUUGACCGUGGUUAUUGGGUGGAUAAUCUCCAGGUCAGUCUAGCCCCGCUCAAAGGUCAUCUAUAAAUUACAGUGUCACCGAAGAUUUUACUGUUUGGUUUUCAGAUUUUACGAAGAUAUUCUGUAAUUUUGUGUUGAAUACAUUCGAUUGUACCCACUUAUGUUCUCGAUCACUGCACUAUCAUCAAUAAGCUAAAAUUAAUUCAGACAUUAAAUAAGAUUAAUUUCUAAGGACAAUGGCAUCAUCAACUACAUGUAAUCAUUACUGAUUACAGAAAAUAUCAAAGAAAGAAAAAUCACCAUCAUGUACAUUAAAUGGUCUAUUAAAAGAAAACCUAUUUCAAUGACAAAGAAUGAAUCAAUUUUACAAAAUAUUCAUUCACAUAUUUAUAUAAUAAUACGUAGAUUACAUAUGAAAACAUGUUAUAUACUACUUAUUUGUUGUUGUUGUUGUACAUUAUUAUUGAUUUAUGAAAAACAAUUAUUUUUAUCAUAUACAUGUCAAAUCAAUUUCAUUCAAUUAUCAUCUUUAUGUUCAACAAUAAAUAAUAAUGAACAAAUAUUAGAUGAUUUAAUUGAUGUUGAACAUUUACAAGGAACACAAUUUCAAAUAUCGAAAAAAUGGUUUAAAGAAAACAUUAUCACAAUCGAUAUUUCACUUGUUAUUGGUGGUGCACAAGCUGCUCGUGGACUUGUCACAUUAAUUAAAAGUAUUUUACUUCAAAGAAAAUGGGAAAAAUCUGUUGAAUUUUCUAAAUUUCCUCGACAAACAACUUUGAAGUCAUCAGUAACAUUUAAUAGGAGGGAAUCAAUAGUGGACAAUGUUAAUCAAAAUAAUGAAUGUUAUAUAAGACAUAUUAAUCUACAUUUAAUAAGUGAUUAUCAUGCAUUCAAAAGUCUUUCAACUUUAUUUGAUACAUGGAAUAUUCCAAAUUUCAAUGUCUAUUUUUAUCAACUGGAAUUAUAUUUGCAUAAAGUAUCUUGGAUACCAAGUACUCAUUAUUCGGGACUAUUUGGUUUGUCAAAACUGCUGAUACCUGAGAUUUUACCAGAAUCAGUAGAAAAGGUUAUUAAUCUUGACGUUGAUCUUCUGGUGAAUUCUGAUCUGUUGGAACUUUGGGCUCAUUUUCAAAAGUUCAAUACUAGUCAAAUGAUUGGAUUAGUUGCUAAUCAAAGUCCAUGGUAUUUAAGAAAAACUAACCGAAUAGUGUGGCCUGCUUGGGGUCCUGGCUUUAACACCGGUGUUAUGUUGCUAGAUCUUGUUCGUUUGAGAGAGUUCCAUUGGUCAGAACACUGGUACAAAACAACAAAAUCUGCAUUACAACAUAUACCUUAUUCAAUGUUAGCCGACCAGGACAUCAUUAAUGCAGCUUUAGUAGAAAUACCUUCAAUUAUUUAUCAAUUACCAUGUGAAUGGAAUGUUCAACUUACAUCUAAUAUGAAUAUAAAAUUAUGUCAAAUAAUUUGGUCAAAUGACUAUUCAAUUCAUAAUGUACAGUCUUUUCAUUCAAAUCCAUUUGAAUCAUUUAAUUAUCAUUUAAAAAUAGCCCAUUUUAAUCAUCCAAUUAAAGCAGAUAUCAUUACAUUGAAUGAAAUUAUAGAUGAUGAUCAAUUACGUCUAAGAUUAAAACGACAAUUUAUGAGAAUGUAUCGUUAUUAUCAAAAUUUUGAUGGAACAAUAGUUCAAUCACCAGGGAAACUACCAUCAUGUUCAGAAUACUACAAUCCUUCUACUUUCACUCGUAAAAUUAACCAAACAAAUUCCAAAAAUACCAUCACAAUUGAUGGUUGUGAAGAAUUUUCAGAAGAUUUACUCAAAACACAUCGGAUGCAUCCAUAUUAUUAUAAGUAUAACUUUUCUACUUUCACAAUGAAGGAUAAAGAAAAUGUAACAAAUAUGAAAAAUCACGUUAGCCUUGUUUCACAAUUAACUUUUGAUAGAUUGCAUCGACUUGAAGAGCUUGCAAUAAGAUGGCUUGGACCAAUGAGUUUAGCACUGUAUUUAACCGAUAGAGAGGCAACAUUGUUGAUAGAGUAUAUUACAAAUUCUCGAAUUCUACAAAAUCGUACAAAUAUUGGUUAUCAUAUUGUAUAUGUAGAUGGAAAAUUUUAUCCGAUCAAUAUAUUACGUAAUAUUGCUAUAAAAUACUCAGUAACUAAAUUUAUUUUUCACAUUGAUAUUGAUUUUUUACCACAAGAAAAUAUCAUUGAUUCUAUUGAGAAAUCUAUCAAUGAAUAUUUUAUACAAAACAAUCAAUCACAAAAUAUUUGUUUAGUAGUGCCAGCAUUUGAAACUUUCAAAAAUCAUUUAAAACUACCAGAAACAAAAGAAGAUUUGUUAAAAUCUUGGGAAAUUGGAGAGAUUUUACCAUUUCGACAUAAAAUCUGGUCAGCUGGUCAUAUGUCAACUAAUUAUUCACAUUGGAAAUUGUCUAAUAAUGAUUAUGAAGUACAAUGGUCAGCAGAUUAUGAACCGUAUGUGAUUGUCUCACGUCAUACAACAAUGUUUGAUGAAAUUUUCAUUGGAUUCGGUUGGAAUAAAGCCUCAUAUAUUAUGGCAUUAGAUGCAUUAGGGUAUAAAUUUAUUGUUUUAACCAAUGUAUUUCUUAUACAUUUACCUCAUCCACCAAGUUUUGAAGUGUUUCGUUAUAGAAUGAAUUCAGUUUACAGGUGAGUUAUUUAAAAGUUACCUUCAAUUAUAGUAAAAUCUCAUAAGACUCUGUAUUGGAUUCUAUAUAAAAAUUAAUUACCUACACUUACUGGCUUUCGUUUGUCAGCUUACACAAAAAUAUAACCAAAGUAAAUCGAAAACGUCAGUUGAUAUUACCGAAACAUGAUACCCGAACACGUUCAAAGUAAAGAAUCUUUUGAUAUAUAUUUAUUGAGAUACAACAUCUGAACACUGUCUAGUAAAGUUAUUUCAUUUUUCAGGAAACAAAUAUCCGUCAAUACUAAAGAUUAGUGUAUGACGAUGUUGAUUAUACUAGAGACUACUCUGGAAAGUAUAAGCUAAGUAGUCCAGUCUCUUCUAAAGAUAAUGAACUCUGCGCGUCUGAGGUCUUCAGAAAAAAAAAUCAAGAAGAAUGUGCAACUUGUAUCUGCUAAGCUAAUUUUGCUAAUCACCAUCUUGAUUAGGAGUACGUAUUCAAUCUGAAAGUCAAUGGUUUAACUGCAAAUAUUAGAGAUAAACAGAGAUAUAUAAUUACUGAAAUAUUUUGUUAUAGCAGUCCAAUGUUAAACGUUUAGUAAUUAGUUAACGAUCCUCAAUAAAUUAUCGAGUUAAUUUUAUUAGUCCUAUGACGAUUCGACAACUAAUUUUUAAUGUAAUAUUCGUCACACAUAUUCACCAAUAGAAUCCAAUCAUCCGAUUUUUUAUCAGAAGGGGUUUUGUGGAGA